UGUCGGAAUUCGUUCGUUGGAAAAAGGGAGUUUCACGUACAAAGUUCCCGCCAAUGUAGUCGCGGAAGCUUAAAUUAUUCAGCGAAAUACAAGUGUUUUGGAUUAGGCAAGAAACCGAUUCGGAAAACACCUGCUAAAUACAUGUAGUUGGACGCACGCACCUAAGACCAUCCACUUUGAAGACCAUUGUUUUCAUUCUCUUAGACUAGGAUAACGUAAUGGCAGUCUACUGUUGGGGCAAUACGGCCCACGGUGAGCUGGGCCUUGGCGGGAUCGAGGAAGAGCAGGUGAUGGUACCGCGGAAGAUGGAUUGGUUGCAUGCGCACGACAUUGCACAGGCGGCUUGCGGCGCCAGCCACACGUUGCUGUUAGUGAGCGAGGGAAAGCUGUAUUCGUGUGGCAACAACGAUCACGGCCAGCUGGGCCAUGAUGUCGAAAGUUUGCCAAACAAAAGGCCACAACGUUUAACGUCACUCGAAAACUACAUCAUCACACACGCCUGUUGCGGCAUAGCGCACUCACUAGCGCUCACCAAUUGGGGACAAAUAUAUAGCUGGGGCUCAAAUGCAAUGGGUCAGCUCGGACAGGAUGUGGACGUGACACGCCAGCCAUCACCACGACUCAUUCGGUCGAUUGCCGCCAAACAAGUUGUGCAGAUCGCCUCUGGGCAAUACCAUUGCUUGGCGCUGACCAACAACGGCGAGCUUUAUGCUUGGGGUUCGAAUGCUUACGGUCAGCUAGGUAUUGGAACGACCAAUGAAAAAGUGGCCACACCGACGCUAGUUGUAUCGUUGGCCGGUGUGCCGAUCGCUUUCAUUGCUUGCGGUGGAAACCAUAGCUUCGCUGUAUCCAAAUCCGGGGCCAUUUUUGGAUGGGGAAAGAACACAUUCGGACAGCUGGGGUUAAACGAUCUGAACUCCCGUAGCUUUCCGACUCAACUACGUACGCUACGCAGCCUCGGCGUGCGGUACGUCAGCUGCGGUGACGAUUUUUCCGUGUUUCUGACCGCCGGCGGUGGUGUGUUUACGUGCGGCGCCGGUUCUUUCGGUCAGCUGGGGCACGGUAGCUGCAACAACGAAAUAUUGCCCCGCAUGGUGUUCGAGCUAAUGGGUAGCAAGAUCACGCAGGUUGCAUGUGGUCGACGUCACACGCUAGCGUUUGUGCCUUCACGGGGGAAAAUCUACGGUUUCGGACUCAGUGGCGUUGGGCAAUUGGGAAUCGGUAUCGUUGGUAUCUGCAACACCCCGCAGAUCGUUCGCGGACCAUGGCUUACAACCGAUCAAGAUAUUGAUGACUGCGAAGUUUCACAAAGGAUCGUUAACCGUAUAUUCUCCGGCGGUGAUCAGUGUUUUGUUUCGAUGUUCUCCAGCGAAGAAUCGGACGACUAUCGGCAGUACGACAAAAAUACACAAAUUCUUUCCCUGUCGCUGCAACUGGCGAGAGAGCUCGCGGAACUGAAGCCUGAGCAGACGGUCGAGCUCGAUCUAAUGUCCUCGCUGGAAACGAUCUUCAAAUCACUCGCCUGCCUGAACGGAUCGCUACUACUGCCGAACGAUCAACACUUCUGCUGUACCUCCAAACAUCCAGGUAUCGAUAUGGAUGCCGCAACCGAAGCGUUCGAUUUGGUGCGCAAAAUUGAGCAUGAAUCACUACGCCAGCUGAUUCGUGAUUCUAUCACGUCCGAUCUGCUUGCGUCUCUCGUCCCUUCGCCUGCGGACGUUGAAACGUUGCGCAUCUAUUUGCUGCUGCCACUAUACCACGAGUUCAUCAAUCCGAAGCACUACCAGAAGCUACACGCCCCGUUCAGCAAGUCGGUUCGAAAUCUACAGAAGAUACCUUACGAAAUUGUGACCCGUUGGUGGGCCUUUACUUCUCGCGAUUACUUCGAGCGGUUGGUAGAGAACUGUAAGAGCGUCGUUUUGUACAUCGUGCGUUACAAGCUGCCGAAGGUGGUGAUGGAGCGAGAGGAGCACCACGAGCUGCGGUACGACGAGCAACUCGUCUCGUUGCUCGAACUAAUGGCCAUUCUCUAUUGGAUCAAUCACACCAAACGAGAAAGUAAGCUGGCAUACGAGCACUUCCACAUCGGGGAAAUAGCUGAAUUGAUCGAUCUGCCGCAGGAUUACUACAAAUGGACACGCGACACGACGGGUCAGUACUUUUCGCUAUGCAACUAUGCGUUCAUAUUUAAUGCCGCAGCCAAGAUGCUGCUACUGCAAACCGAUCAGAUACUGCAGAUGCAAAAAGCGAUUAGUACACCGACGGCAACGUCGGUUUUGCCGUCACUCUUCUUCCCGACUGUACCGCUAGUGCCGCAGUUUAUCGUGCUGAAUGUGACGCGCGAAAAUCUUGUGGAAGACACGAUCCGCGAGCUGUCGCAGUACGCAGCGAGUGAUCUGAAGAAACCGAUUAAGAUCAAGUUCUGCGGCGAGGAGGGUGAAGACGCGGGCGGUGUACGGAAGGAAUUUUUCAUGCUUCUCUUGCGCGAUAUUCUGGAUCCAAAGUACGGAAUGUUCAAAUCGUUCGAAGAGUCACGGACGAUCUGGUUCACGGAGGAUUACUUCGAGGGAGACGAUAGUAUGUUCGCACUGAUCGGCAUUCUGUGCGGUUUGGCGAUCUACAAUUUUACAAUCAUCGCGAUUCCAUUCCCGCUGGCGCUGUACAAAAAAUUGCUCGGCGAGGAGGUGGAUAUGAGUGAUUUGCGCGAGCUUACACCGACCGUGGCACGAUCGAUGCAGAGUGUACUGGACUAUGAGGAACCGGAUCUGGCGGACGUGUUUGAGUUAACGUUUUCGACCACCCGUGAAUACUUUGGCGAGAUACAGACGAUCCCACUGAAGCAAGGCGGUGAAGAGAUUCGGGUGACGCAGGAGAACAAACAUGAAUUCGUUCAGCUUUAUAUAGACUAUGUGUUUAAUAAAUCGGUAGAAAAAUCAUUCCGGCAGUUUCUCGCUGGUUUUAUGCGCGUCUGCGGAGGGCGCGUGUUGCAACUCUUUAAAGCGCACGAACUUAUGGCUGUGGUAGUGGGGAACGACGAGUAUGAUUGGAUGGCGCUAGAAGAGAAUACCGAGUAUAAGAAUGGGUACUCAUCAAGUGAUCAAACGAUUCGUUGGUUCUGGGAGGUGUUUCACGAGUUGCCGCUGGAGGAGAAGAAAAAGUUUCUGAUCUUUCUCACCGGCAGUGAUCGUAUACCAAUCCUCGGGAUGAAAGCAAUAAAGAUCUGUAUUCAACCAAUGCCGGAUGAUAAAUUUCUUCCCGUGGCCCACACUUGCUUCAAUGUGCUUGAUCUACCCCACUACCAGACAAGGGAGAAGCUCAAGUACAAACUGCUGCAAGCAAUACAACAGAAUCAGGGAUUUAACCUGGUGUGAUGAGCGGGGAGAAGAAUGAUAUGAAUUUUUCUCUCGCUGCGGUCGUUUGAGUGUUAUUAGGUGUUAUUUUUUUCACUGUAAGCGACUAGCAGUGUAAACUGAAACCAUAACAAAAUGGCAACGAAAUUUCCCGGGUGUUGGUUUGUUACGGUCGUUGCAAAAUGUAUCCAUUGGCGUGAGGGUUUACUCGCGCUAAGAACUGAGAUUUCCUUUUCGUUCCACUAUUCUUCUACAUCCAACUUCAUGUCACUCCAAAAAGAUUUGAUUUAUUAUUUCGACACUGCCAAUAGGUUGUGCUUUCCUACGCGAUCGGUUAUUGUUUUGUUCUCGCACUGCACCGUUGUUGAAAACUGUUGACAUGAAAGGCGAAACAGGGGCA